UUUACAAAUCAAAACCACAUCCAUUCAUCAAAUCAAAAAUCAAAAACCAUGUCAACUCCAAUCCCAAUGCCAGCUCCUCUUCCUUACACCAAUCCAAUCAUCACUUCUAAUCAACAACAUCAACAACAACACCAUCAACAUCAUCAUCAAACUCAAUCUAUUCAUUCUCAAAUCAGUCCAACUAAUAAUCUAAUGGGUAACGCUGCUGAAACUAGUUCGAUGUCACCAUCAAACGUUUCAACCCAUUCUUCAUUUCCUCCUCCUUCUUCUACUGCUGCUACGUCUCCUUCUUCGACCUUUAUUGUAAAUCAUCAACCGGGCUCUGCUUUCAAUCAAGCCUCUAGUACUCCUGCUGCUUUGGUUCAUAAUCCUAAUUCGGUGACUCGGAUCUUACAACUUACUGAGUUUAGUAAAGAUUUAAAAACUCGUGAUAUUCAACUUGUCUUUGCUGAUUGGGAAGAUGAUCGUGGUGGGUUUAAGAUCAAAUGGGUCGAUGAUACUUCUUGUCUCGUCGUCUUUGCUGAUCCUGGUGUAGCCAAGCGAGCGUUCUUGAGCGUUCUUUCUAAUCCUCCACCUGCAUUAACAAACUCACAACUUCUGGGUCAAAAGGCAGCCAAGUUAAGAGCCUAUAAUGGUCCAGACGUAGUUCAUAUCCUUAGUUCGGUUCAAAACCGACCUCGAUCAAGAUCCAAUGCAUCUCAAUCCUUACAUUCUCGUGCUUCAUCUAUGGCUUCUGUGAAUGGUGGUGGUGGGAAUGGUGGACUAGGUCGACGUCCAAGUAUGGGAGCUCUUGCGGCUCGUAAUCGAGCUUCGAUCUCUGGUACUUCUGGUCGUGCUCCUCCGCCUCAGGCUAAUCCGAUCGUUCAAGCUCAGGUUCAAGAAUUGAUUGAUCAUGUUACUACGGCUCAUACGGUGGGUGGAACGAAUUCGAACAGACCACCUUCUUCUGAGGGUGAGUUGAGUAAUCUCAAUCCUCCUACUUCUGUACGUGCGAGGAUUGAAGAUGCUGGUAAACGGUUUAUUGCUGCUGGACUUGGAAAACCUUCAUCAUCGAUCCCUGGACUUGAUGACGGUCUCACUGCUGCAGGUUACAGUCUUGCGAAUUUAACGAUUGAAGAAGAAGUGACCACUCCUACUACUGCCACUCAUUAAAUCCUACACCUUAUCCUGGUCAUCGUCCCUUUUUUUUCUGGAGUGGUCAUACAGAAGAAGUGAUUCAUCAAAAGCAGAACUCAAAAAACAACCUUUAACACAAACACGCACAUUCUUUUCCCAUUCAUAUUGUGAAAAGAAUCAUGAGUCUUUUUUGUUUCCUUUUCUUUCUUUUUUUUCUACAAAAGCAACCCUCAUUUUCCACCCCCAAGAAAAAAUUAUUGAAUGUCUUAUUAUUCUUGAGAUUGAAAGAUUUUUUUUUGAUUAUGGGUAUGGGUAUGGUACAGAUUAGUUUAGAUUGAUGGGUUUUUUUUGGUUUGGUUUGGUUUGGUUUGAAGGAUUUUCGAUUUUUGAUAUGUUUUGAAGGAUGUUUUUUUCGAGUGAUUGAUUUUUCUUUUUAUUUUCAAUAAACCUAUCCUUUACUUUUUUUUGAACCAGAUAGUCCUUUUUCAAAGUUUCUUUUUGUGUGUGUAUGUGUGAUGUGAAAUAAAUUGUUUUUUUCUUUAUUGUUGGGGAGAAAGUAGUAAUAGAGAUGUUUGAAAAACAAAGUAAUUGGGAAAUGUUGGUUUAGGUUUGGAUGAAAUGAAAUUUUGAGGAAUGGAU